CUGUAAAACAACAGCUGAAAAUAGUUUGACUUGUGUUUUGUGGCAAGAGAUAACUUGGCUUGGUUGCAGUAACUUUAACCGGCCAAUAACAUAGCAGCCUUGGCAUUGACUUUGGCUUCUUUCGUUGUUGGCUACAGCUGUUCAGUUCAGCUCUUGUUGGGCCAAGACCAAUGCAAACACCAAAGACCAAACAUCAGUUGUUGAAGGUUUUCGCUAAGACGAGGUUGUGUUUGACGGGUAAAAGGAAAAACGAAAAAUUGUAAACAGUCGUGUGGUAGAUGGGAUUCUCGCUCUCCCUCCCCAGAAAAAAGUAUCUAAAAGAACAAAGAAAAUAGAAACAAUUUGUAACGCUUGAAAAAUCGAAAAGAAUUAAAAAGGGAAUAAAGAACACAUGGUGUGAUGGAAAAGAAAUAAUAAAGGGAAAAUUACAAAAAUUGGAAAUAAAAAUUAAAAAAUACAACUUUUUUGAAAAUCGUGUUCGUUGCUUAAGUCUUUUGUUUUUCUCGAUGAACGAAAAUUAAAUAACAGCGGAUGACAAAAGUUCGAAGCUGCAAGCUGUGUUAGUAAACGCUUAUAUGUUUUGUAAACCCAGCAAAUUACUUGAUUGAUACUAAGAUAAAUAUUGAAAAAAAGUCCAUUAACUGGUCCCUACAGCUCUCCAUGCCAAUCAUCAUCAGAGGGAAUUUAAAAAAUUAUUUAGUUUCUUUUUUUUUUUUUUUUGAAAUUAAAAAAAAUAAUUAAUAAAAACCUAUCCUCAACCUAAUCACAUGCGUGUUUAAUGCCAUUUUCUAUGUGUUUGUGUGCAUAAUUUAAUUUUUAUUAUUAAAUAAUUACUUGCAAAAAUAAAAGAGAAUAAAAUCGUGUAAAUCUGAAAGAAGAAGUUGAAAAAAAAAAAUCAUAAAAUGAGAGUGAAUCCGAUGUAUGGUCAUCACAAUAACUGCCACCACAACAACAACAAUAGUAGAAGUAAUCAUAAUUGCAUUUACAAUGCAAAAAAUCAGACCUCAUCAUCAUCAGCAACGUCUUGGUCGUCUUCCAGACGAACCCCUUGGUGCGUUUUUAUUGCCACAUUGUUGUUGGUCUUCAUUGCCAACCAUCAUCAGGUUGGGGCAGACGCAUCACCGCCUAAUGGUGCUGGUGGCAGCAUGAAAGGAUUACGCAUGCGCUCACCGAAAAUUGCCCACAUCCAUGUUCUGCAGGCAGUAGCCGAAAGUUUACCAAAGAAUGAAAAUCAGCAGAAGGAGACGGAGGAGGAGAAGAAUAAUAAUAAUGACAACAGAACCCCAAUGGGUAAAUAUGAAAUCCGUAGCGUAUCCGGUGAGCCCAACUAUAAAUCCGUCAAUCUGACCUGGGAAGUGGAGUUUGUGCCCUCGCCGAAUGACAUUGUCACGAACAGCAGUAAUGAGAUCGAACCACCAAUGGCAUUUCAAUUGUUCUUCUGUGAAUUGCAGUCAUUUGGACCACAUCGAUGCCGCUCAAAAGUGGUGAAUGCCACCAAGUCGGCCUAUGACAAUAAUGAGGACAAUGAUUUGGAGGUGGUGGACAAAAUACGCCAAAUCCGCCAAUAUGUGGCCCAGGUGGAUAAUCUGCGCAUGGCCACCAAAUAUAGUUUCCAUAUACGUUCCGUACCCAAGCAUAGGCAGCUGAAAAAGGUCACUGGGCGUUCGGAGAUUUUCGACAAUGAAAUUGAGGGUAGUGACUUUUUGAGCUCAGCGAAUUUGGGUGGACCCACUAUUGUGAUACCCACAAAAGGAUUUUCGGCCCAGGCCACUAGGUGCUUGCCAAAUGCCUCCGAAAUUGAGGUUGAAACGGGUCCCAACUUUGGUGGCAAAAUUGUGGUGGAUGGUGGCAACUGUGGCGUCAAGGGUAACCCAAAUGAUGUCAAGGAUAAAUAUGUCAUGCGCAUCGAUCACAAGGCCUGUGGCAGCAUGGUCAAGCCGGAAACAAAUACCGUGGAAACGUUCAUAACUGUCCAGGAGAAUUUGGGAAUUUUUACACACAGCACCAGGAGAUUCGUUGUGGUCUGCAGCUAUCAAUCCGGCAUGCAAACAGUGCGUGCCAGUUUCUCAGUACCUGGCAGAGGUGGCGCCGUGGCCGCUGCCCAUGAAUCCAUAGAGGAGGAGGAACGUAUGGGUCGUGGCCUUAAACCUUUUCGCUUUGUCGACAAAUCCGAAUUAAUUCUGAAAGAGAAUGAUGUGGAUACAGAAGAAGCGGCAACACAGUCAUCCGAAGAAACUGAGGCUUUGGUUCAAGAAAUGGACAAUCCCACAGUGGACAGUGGUUUGAAUCAAACUGAGGUAACGGUGGCCACAACAAAUCAUGAAGCGGAGGUUGCCGGCAAAAAUCAUCAUCAAGAAGAUGAAGCAAACGAAGAAGAGGAUGCCACAAAUGCUGUGGCAAUAUUGGAAAAUAUCAUACCUGGUGUUAAUGAAGAUCACAUAAGAGGCAAUGAGCCACAGCAGCAACAACAACAAGAAACAUCAAGUGUACCGGCUGGGGAAGAUGAUGUGGAGAUCAGUGAUGGGGAGAAGUUAUCGCAGGAAAGCGACGAUGCCAACAAAGAAAAUAUUGAAAAUGAACAUUUUUCCGCAAAAUUCGCUAAAUUAAUAUUGGAGCGCAAUGACCGUGACCAUGAGCUGGCCGAGGGCAGAAGCUAUGAUGGAGCUGCGUCCAAGCUGAGUGAUACGCCCACAGGAAGAGCCUUUGGUACCAUGUUGGAACUGAUCUCCAGCAACAUGGGUAGCGUUUUGCUAACUGUUAUGGUAUCUGUGAUAUUAAUUGGCGUUUGCGUGUACAUUCUCUAUCGUGAGACCAGUAAGCCGGCCGCCCAUAUGUCGGCCCCCACAAUAACGCCGCCAGCAUCGGCAGUCUUGCCGCGGCAUCAACAUUUGAAGGAACUGCAUCACCAUCAUCGUCACCAGCAGCACACACUGCCGCGUACAUUAACAAGUAAACAUGAGGAUCUAAUGGCCUAGAAUGGAGGUGAAAAAAUAAUAAGGGAGGCCUUUCACACCAUCUACCGCCACAAAUAAAAAAGAACGUGGAUCGUAAAGGCUCCCGCUCCCAAAAAAAAAAAAAAACCACCCGCAAUAAAUCCCCCUUUUUAAAAAAAAAUAAUACCCUCCAUCAUCUGCCCUCCUCCACACCAGAUAAAGGUUAAAGAACUAUGCUUUAUUGUCUUGCUGGAAUAUGUUGAAGUGGCUAUUUUUUUGUGGCAACUUUUCGUGGGUUGCCAUUUGGUGACAGCAAAAAGGCAAUCAAAGACUUCAAUGCUCUUCUAUACUCUUGGCAAAGAGAGAGAGAGAGAGAGAGAGCAAAAACCAACGUAUUUCUUAUCAAGUCGACAGAGCAUAGUUUUGCAAACAACGUGAUGCUUUGUAACAUUUCUUUUUUACAUAUUUACAUAUACAUACACACAGUUUUAUACAAAUACUGGUGUAUUACAUACAUACAUAUAUACUCUUAGAAUAGCAGAGAUUAAUUAAAAGAAAAAAAAGAAAAUAAAAUAAAACCUUAGCAUGUCACUGAAGUAACUUCAUUUGACAAUCCCUCUCCACCUCUGGGGCAUGCAAAGAAUGAAACUCCCCCUUUUAUGUCGUCUACCUUUUUUGUAAGUUCGUAUUUAAUUUAAUUAAUUAAUUAGUUGUAAUCGAUAAGCACUUCUCUUGAAUGAUAUUUUAUUAUAAGACUAUAUCUUAGCUGUAGGAACACAUACACAUACAUACACCUUUUUUUACGUAUUUAAUGUAUAAUAUACAGAUAUAUAUUUUGAGAGUAAUUUUAAAUAAAAAAAAUUAAAUGAAAAAUUAA